UUGUGGCGCGGUUCUCCGUGAGAGCCUAAUGCGAUAGUAUACAAAUGGAAGGCGCGACGCUGAACCCAAGGAAAACAGAAAUGAUCUGGGCCUAGGUCAAAAGCCGCGAGCAAGAGUAUUGCACCGUUCAACUGCGCUGAAGUACCCUUGUCGCAGACACAGAUCAUCUUACCAAAAAAAAAAAAUCACUCGCCCUGCAAGAUGCCAGCUACUGGACGAAGCGUAUGGGCCAGUGCGUCCGAGUCUACGACAGUCGUUUCAGCGACACUGUCCAUCUGCCAUAUGAUGAGCCUAUGCACUAUUGCAGUCUGUGCGCUGAUUGUCUACGACUAUGUGAUUUCGCUCCCAAAAGAGAUCCGGCACUUCUGGAAGAGAGGCGCGACGGGACCCAAGCUCCUAUUCUUCUCCAAUCGCUACGCUCUUUUGACCUAUGCCGUCUUAUUUCUCGUGAACACGAGUCGUUUCAUUGACACCGUGAAUGCUUGAUCAUCAACGUAGCCAUCAACUUGUGUCUCAUCACUCUGUGCGCGAUACAGU